CGCAGCCGCAGUCUGGCCCUAGUCGCCACGGUAACGCGCGCGGGGCGGAGUGUCACCAUGAGCGUCCGGGUUGCGAGGGCAGCGUGGGUCCCGGCGUGGCGGGCCCGCUGCGGUCGCGGCACCUCGACCUUUCCGGCUCCCCCGCCGGGCGCCGUGGAUGUAGCGCAGCUGCUGCGGGAAGCAACCUCGGCGGAGGAGGAGCCUUGGGGGGCGGCGGCACGGCGGACGCCGGACCAGUGCUCGGUGCUGCUCUUCCCCGGCCAGGGCAGCCAGGUGGUGGGCAUGGGCCGCGGCCUGCUGGGCUACCCGCGCGUCCGCGAGCUCUACGCCGCCGCGCGCCGCGUGCUGGGCUACGACCUGCUGGAGCUGAGCCUGCGCGGGCCGCAGGAGGCCCUGGACCGCACCGCCGUGUGCCAGCCCGCCGUCUUCGUGGCCUCGCUGGCCGCGGUGGAGAAACUCCACCACCUGCAGCCCGCGGUUAUUGAGAACUGUGUUGCUGCUGCUGGAUUCAGUGUGGGAGAGUUUGCAGCCCUAGUGUUUGCGGGAGCCAUGGAAUUUUCUGAAGGUUUGUAUGCUGUGAAAGUCCGAGCUGAGGCCAUGCAGGAAGCUUCAGACGCUGUCCCCAGUGGGAUGUUGACUGUCCUUGGCCAACAUCAGUCCAAGUUCACCGCCGCCUGCUUGGAAGCCCGGGAGCACUGCAAGUCUCUGGGCAUAGAGGACCCCGUGUGUGAAGUGUCCAACUACCUCUUUCCUGACUGCAGGGUGAUUUCGGGCCACCUAGAGGCUCUGCAGUUUCUCCAGAAGAACUCUUCCAAGUAUCACUUCCGACGCACUAAGAUGCUGCCGGUGAGUGGCGGGUUCCACACUCGCCUCAUGGCACCAGCCUUGGAGCCGCUGGCGCAGGUGUUAAAGACGGUGGAGAUCAGGAAGCCUCUGGUGUCCGUGCAUUCCAAUGUCAGCGGGAGCCGGUACGCACACCCCACACACAUCCAGAAGCUGCUGGUCCAGCAGGUGGUGUCCCCGGUGAAGUGGGAGCAGACGAUGCAUGCCAUAUAUGAGAGAAGGAAAGGCACCGCCUUCCCCAGGACGUUUGAGGUGGGCCCCGGGAGGCAGCUGGGCUCCAUCCUGAAGAGCUGCAACCUGCAGGCCUGGAAAGCCUACAGCCACGUGGACACGCUGCAGGGUGGCCAAGACCCAGACCCCCAGGAGGGGGAGUGUCCGCAGUGACCAGGAGGUGCCAGCAGGACGACCUAUUGGCCCUCCCUUCCUGGUAGGCUGUUGGACAGCCACAUAAAGGAGCACCCAGUCCCCAGUUCCCCCUGGAAGAGACAUCUGGCUGAUGGCGGGGGGUGCUGCAGUGCUGGGCACCUGGAGACGGGAGGCUCCUGCUCCACUCGCCCGACUCCGCCCACAGGCCACACAGCCCUCAGUGAGCCUGUCCUGUGGAUGCCAUGCACACCCUGGCUAAGCCUCACAUCAGGCCAGGGCCAAAGGGGCUCCUUGAAGCCUGUGGCCCCCUGGGGCCAGAACCUCAGCUCUUUUGUCACUGAACCUAACAGGUUUUAGGGUUUGAGUAGCCCUAACAGCCACCGGCCCCCCGACUGGGGGUGGGAGUCUGGUGUUGGUUUAGGCACCCUAGAAAGAGGAAUUGAGUGCCUGCUGUGUGCCAGAGAGAUUGGCCCUGCCCUGGAGGACGGGCUUCUGGGCUCGUGCCAGGGUGUGGGCAGUGUCCAGGGAGGCAGGCAGUCCCAGUCCUCUGUCAGGAUGGCCACAGGGCCAGGCGACUGCGAGUCCUGGCCAGCUCCAGCAUGGCCUCCCCAAGGAGGCAGCUCCUGAAGUGAACAUUAAAUAGAACCUCAGGCUC